AUGACAAAUCAUGAAUUCAAUACUGAUGAAAAUCUAACAGAUCACAAUUCCUGUGAAUUCUCCGGACAAACAAACAUAAUUAAUUAUCAGUCUUGUACUGAUGAAAAUUCAAUCCACAACAAUUCUUUGGUCAAAACUUUUGCCACUUCAACAAACUUAACAGGAAGUGAAAGACCUCGUAUUAGCAAAACACCGAUAAAAUGCUUUUGCUGUGACCCAGCACCUAUAAAACAAACAAGGUUAAGACGACAAAGACGACGUCAUAACCAAAGGGGACAUGGUUCAAGAGACAACACCCUCACAAAUUUAACUGAUGAGGAAAUCUUGAACAAAUGUAUUGGUGGUGAAAAUCCAGGUCAAUGUGGAAUUUGCCAUAAAAUGUUCGCAGCCCAAGGAUACUUAAAAGUCCACGCAGGACAUCAUAUGAAACAACGUCCCUUUCCAUGUGACAGUUGUAAUAAGUCAUUCUUAUGCAUGCCGCAUCUUGAUGAACACAAAAGAAUACAUACUGGAGAAAAGCCUUAUAAAUGUAAUGUUUGUGAUAAGAGGUUUUCAGUGAAGGGGAAUUUGAAAAAACAUGAACUUGUUCAUACUGGAUUGAAACUGUACAGCUGUGAUAUUUGUAAUAGCUCUUUUUCCACAUUGCAUACCCUGGAACGCCACUUAAUUCACACACAUAAAAGAAAUAUGACAAAGAUUUGCAAAGUUUGUAAUCAGACUUUCAAAAGAUCAUGUCAUCUUGCAAAGCAUCAACGGAAACAUACAAAAAGAGACACAGAAAGUAGCCUUGUGUGUACAGCUCCAACCCCUCAGACAACAGACGCCCAUGGUGUAACUGAGAAAGGACAAACUGAUAAUGCAAUAGCACACACAAACAGUAGCCAGCCAUGUGCAGCAUCAACUUUACAGGUUGCAGACAUGCCAACAGAAAGCAGGCCAACAUAUAGUGAAAGGUUAGGAAAAUGCAGACAAUUGAAUCGAAGAGGAUGCAAUUCUAGGGACAACACUGAUGAUGAAAUAUACAACAAAUGUCUGUCUGCUGAAAAUCCUGCUCAAUGUGGAAUUUGUCACAAAACAUUCUCCGGACGAUAUUACUUACAAAUUCAUGUAGGAUCUCACACAAAGGAACGGCCAUUUCCAUGUGACAUUUGUAACAAGUCAUUCUUACAAAUGCAGCAUCUUAAUGAACAUGAAAGAGUUCAUACCGGAGAAAAGCCUUAUAAAUGUAAAUUUUGUGAUAAGAGGUUUACAGUGAAGGGGAAUAAGACAAAACAUGAAGUUACUCAUACAGGAUUGAAACUGUACCCCUGUGAUAUUUGCGAUCGCUCUUUCGCAAGAAUAUUCGGUCUGGAACGUCAUUUAAAACGCAAACAUAAAAGAAAUAUUACAAAGAUGUGCAAGAUCUGUAACCAGAGUUACAAUAAAUCAUGCCAUCGUGCAAACCAUCAACGGCAACAUACAGGCCGGAAAGACAACAAAAGUAACUUGAAUGCAGUUCCAAACCCCCAGGAUGCAGCCGUAGAGAAGCAAACAGAAACCAGAAUGGAGGGCAGUACAAGAGCACAAACAGAAAGUAACCAGCCAUGUACAACUGUAAGCGUUGCAGGGACACACAGACUGACAGAUAAUGGGCUGACAAAUAAUACAAAGACAUACACAGAUAGUAGUAUUGUGUGUUCAGCUUCAUCCCCACAAGUUUGUGAUCUACAUAAACCAGCAGAAAGCAGAAUAACAGAUGGUGUAAGAGCAUACAAGGGAAGUAGCUUACAUACAGUUCAAACUCUCCAGGUUGCAAAUGUUCUUCAUCGGCCAACAGAAAGCAGAACGACGGAUAAUGUAAGAGCAUACAGUGAAAGUAACUUGAAUGCAGUUCCAACUCUUCAAGUUGCAGAUGUUUUUCAUAGGGCAAGGGAAUGCCGGACAAGAGAACUUUCAUCCAAUUGCAACAAUACAGUUGAAACGUCUCCAACUCGCCAUGUUGCAGAUGUACAACGGCUUACAGAAGAAAGAAUAGCAGAUAACAGAACAACAGCGACCCCCUCUACCUGCCAAAGAACUGAAGCCUUGUCAGCUUCUUACUCUGAGAAUUCCAACACACAACAUCACGAUGAUCAACAGUUCAUCGAAUUCAUAUCAUGUGACCAAGUUGACGAAGACAAAUUGUACCAUGAGCUCGAAGCAACCGAACCAACUGGAAUGACAUACAUAUGCUUCACAUGUGACGCAGAAUUUGAAUUGCCAUGGCAACUACUUAAACAUGUUGCAAACGUUCACACAGAUUAA